AAUUAUACACCGAAACAAAGCACCAAAAUAUGGUGGAUUACAUUUGGAAUAAUAUGUGGCGGAACCUUUGUUACUAGGUUUUAUAAAAUACUUGAACCAGACCAUGUUUGUUGGGACGAGACCCAUUUCGGCAAAAUGGCAAGCUGGUAUAUCAACAGGACAUUUUUCUUUGAUGUCCAUCCACCUUUGGGCAAAAUGCUUAUAGCACUGUCAGGAAAGCUGACAGGUUACGAUGGCACAUUUCCUUUUGAUAAACCAGGAGAUAAAUAUGACGGUGCCAGAUAUGAGGGUAUGAGAAUAUUCUGCACUACGCUGGGUGCAUUAAUAAUACCAAUAACAUUCUUAACAAUAUGGGAAAUGACAAAAUCACUUGACUCAUCGUUUGUUGGCACAAUAUUAUUAUUAUGUGAUGUGGGAUUUCUAACUCUAAACCGAUAUAUACUUUUGGAUCCUAUUCUUUUGUUUUUCAUGAGUUGUUCGGUGUAUGGAGCAUUUAAGGUCCGUUCACUAACAGACGAAGGCAAAGCCCCUUCCAACAUACGCUUGUUACUAUGGCAACUAUUCACGGGCACGUCUCUAGCGUGCACGAUGUCGGUUAAAUUCGUCGGCCUGUUUGUCGUCCUGUUUGUUGGACUACGCACUGUUGCUGACCUUUGGAAUGUCCUUGGUGACUUAAAUAAACCUGUUAGUUUAACAGUGAAGCAUCUAAUUGGACGAAUCAUAACCCUAAUAAUAUGGCCUAUGAUACUCUACGUAUUCUUCUUUUGGAUCCAUCUCACAGUACUUAGCAAAAGUGGCAACGGCGACGGCUUCUAUUCGUCCGGCUUUCAAGCCCGCCUAGAAGGCAAUAGUCUGCACAACGCAAGCGCACCCCGCGUUCUCGCUUACAAUGCACUUAUAUCGCUUAAGAACCAUAGAACUGGCGGCGGAUAUUUGCACUCUCAUCACCAUUUGUAUCCGCAAGGCGUGGGAGCGAGACAGCAACAGAUAACAACAUAUACACACAAAGAUGAAAAUAACAGAUGGAUGAUAAAGCCUUAUAAUAAGGAACAAGUCGAUGGCGUCGUCUUAGUGCGGAGCGGGGAUCUAGUUAGACUAACUCACACGCCUACGGGCAGAAACUUGCACUCGCAUAGAGAGAAGGCACCAGUUACGAAUAAACUUAUGCAAGUCACUGGAUAUGGAGAGGAUGGCAUCGGAGAUGCUAAUGAUGUAUGGAAGAUCAUAAUCUCUGGCGGCAAAGAUGGCGACGUAGUGCAAACCGUUAAGAGUAAAAUUCUGUUCAUUCACUAUUUGCAGGCUUGUGCACUGACAACGACUGGCAAGCAAUUGCCCAAGUGGGGAUAUGAACAACAAGAAGUCGCCUGCAAUCCGAACCUGAGAGACAAAAACGCCCUAUGGAACGUCGAGGAUAACAUUUUUGAGGAUCUGCCAAAAGUGAGUUUCGAAGCGUACGCGUCAGGAUUUAUUGAACGCUUCCUCGAAUCCCACGCUGUCAUGUUUCAAGGCAACGCUGGUCUCAAACCCAAGGAGGGAGAGGUCACUUCGCAACCUUGGCAGUGGCCUAUUAAUUAUAGGGGUCAAUUCUUCUCUGGCAGUACGCACAGAAUCUACCUGCUAGGCAAUCCAGUGGUCUGGUGGAUCAAUCUAUUGUUCCUCUUUGUAUUCUUUGUGAUAUACGUCAUUAAUUCUGUGAGGGAAAAGAGGGCGGAGGCGUUUGGUACUACUUCGGAAGGUGGUAAAUCCAGCAUCCUUCUAAAUGCAGCUGGAUGGAACUUCAUUGGCUGGGCGUUACAUUACGUGCCGUUCUGGGCAAUGGGACGCGUGCUCUACUUCCACCACUACUUCCCAGCCCUACAGUUCAGCUCUAUGCUCACAGGCAUCCUCACGGAAUACCUCCUAUCCAGUAUAAGAAGCUACCUCAGCCCGGAACUAGGCAAAACAAUGUACCACUGCGUGAUGGGAAUCAUAAUAUCAACAACGGUGUAUAGUUUCUAUCUAUUUUCGCCUUUAGCAUAUGGAAUGAAUGGGCCGUUGGCCCAUGAGCCAAACUCUACUAUGUCUGGUUUGAAGUGGCUCGAAUCUUGGGAGUUUUAGAUUAUAAGGACGUUAAUAGCCGAAGUACCGUGGAAGGCGAAAGAGAUUUAUAUUUUGUCUCUCUGGCUCAGUGUGGCAACACUUCUUAGUAAAAGUUGUAAUUUAAAGGGCAACACUCUCAAAAAAGAACAAUAGCGAACUCCCAUAUAAAUUUUUGUUGACUUAAUUUGUUUGCUUCUGUAUGUAUAUGAAAAAUAAGUAAAAAUACAAAGUUGAAAUUCCUGAACAAAUUGGGUUCUGGAUUUACUAUUCUGAGAAGCCUGGAUUUAAAGUUUUUACAGUUUGAAGAUUCGGAGGUUAUGUUUUACAUAAUUGUUAAAGUAUUAUAUCAAAAUACAGUACAGAAGCCAUAAUUAGAGUUAAUAAAAGCCGACCGGUGCUGUGGGUUUGUGUAAGUUAGACUAAAGUUAGAAGAAUUUUUUUUUAUAAGAUAUGGUCAACAGGCAUCACAAAAAAGUGAAUUAAUACAUAAUAUCAUGCUCUAGUAACUCCGAAUCAAAUAUGUUUUUGUGAAACAUGCCAUCGAUCCCUGAAAUCGGGAGAUUCUUUGUCAUUUUUUCGCGUGGCAUAUUUGGAAAAGGAAUUAUCUAUUUUAUUUUCUGUAAUAAAGUAGUUAGUAGCAGAGAUUACUUUUAAUGCAAAUCAGUCGAUCAGUACAUUUGAUACUACGUGAACUAACUUAAUAUGGACGUGGGUCUGUCCACAUUAAGUUAGUUCAUCUAAAAAUUUAUUUGUAAAAAACCGUAACUAAAAAACCUGCCAUUUUUUCUCCUGUCAGUUGUAGAUCUGUCUAGGUUACAUAAUACUAUUAAUCAUUCGCGUUAAAUUUAAAUAUUAUUUUAUUUCCACACAUAGACCAGCGUUUACUAUAAUUUCAAAAACCUAAUGAAUUUAUUUUAUUCAAGUUCGUAAUAUGACAUUUGAAGACGCUAAAGAAUUUUUUCAACAAUUAUUUCGCUAUUGUUCUUUUAGUAGAAAGUAAUAUUGGAUUAAACGGCAACACUAAAGAUAAUUAGUAGAAACAGUGGUUCCGGCUCUGUAUCGCUUUUAAUGAAGGUCAUAAAAUAAAUUUAAAAAAGUAUAAAAAAUCAAUGUCACUAAGCGUUUUUUUAAUAUAACUACGCGGUUAGCUAACAGGUGCUACAGGUACUUAAAUGGUUGAAUGUUUUAAUUUACAUGCACAGUUCGGUGUUCUAUAUAAAUGCAACCGCGCGUGAUGUUAUGGCAGUUCCCAUGGCUACUUAUACAUAUAAUUUAAUAAAUCGUUAUUGGGUGUUUGAUGUAUGUACUUGGAAAAAUAUUUGACGUACCUACACAUAACAUGCAUAGAUAAGUGUGUAUAUACUGGCGUAAUAACAUGCAAACACUGACAAAUAUGACCGUCUACACAUGGAGCCAAAUAAGGACUUAAAAUAAUAAAUUAUUUUUUUUUAUAAUAUCAAGUGACCGCACGAACACGUUGUG